AUGCAGUUGCGGCCAGAUGAAUGGCAGGUGGUGACGCAACAGCCUCGCAAGACGAAAGUAGUGAAGCUGAUUGCCCUGGACAUUGGCAGGUUUAUCGUCAAACAGGCUGAGGAGGCCACUUUCCGCAAGGAGAAACAGGACUUGCCGAUCAUCGAGAUCACCAAGGACGUGUACGAUGUGCGCUUCAAGGGCGAGGACCGCAACGCACUCGACAAGUGGCUGCUCUUGGAGGUGGGCGCCUUCCCUGACGUCUACAAAAACUUGGCCAUGGAGCACAUUGGCAACGGCGACGCCAUGACCGGCCUUGUUAUUGCGGACACGAUGCGCGAAACUUUCGGCUACACCUGGGCCUUCCCUCAUGCGUUCGUGAGCUCGCUGCUGAACACGUACUUCAAUGGCAAGAAGGAGAUGGAAAAUCGAACCAUCGAGGGCAACCAUUGCGCGCAGCAGUGCUUCACAAGUGGCUAUCCGCUCUGGACGCUCGAGGACGACUCAGAUGAGACACUCAACGGGCUGCUGGGCGCUGCGCAGAUGCCGCAGCCCGGCCCUGAGCUGCCCUUGAUGUCUGCUGUAUUGUCAAAAGCCUCGCGACCUUGCCCGGCUUGGAUCGAUCUCGUCGCUGAGGGUGAGCUGUGGGGGUCUUCUACAUCAAGCGAUCCAACGAUGAUCAGCGAAGAGCUGUCCGAACUGGGAGGUGCUGAGGAUGGCGUCGACCCCUGGCUGCACAUGUUGUCUAUUUGCGCUGAAUACGCAGUCUUCGGUCCGGACGCUUUGGCAGAGGCCUCCAAUGAGAGUGACAGCAGGGAAGGCUUCUCGGAGAACCCCGCGAAGUCCGAAGGACCAGUGCUCCCAGCCUUUGGAGAGAGCUUGGCGGAUUCCGACAUGUCCAAGUCGCCUGCGUCGCCACAGCGGAGACAAAUGGAUAGCGUGAUGCAGAGCAUGGAGAGCAGGUCUGGAAACCGAUCAGACACAAAGCACAUUACCCGGCCCGCAGCAACUUCAAAGUGGAAGUUGGCCCGGCUAGCUAUCGGUCCGACUACCGAUGACUCGCAUCUCACGGAGAUCCAAAAGGUCUUGAAGAAAGUCACAGGCGAGUACACCUCAGUCACGCAGAAGGAGGAUGUCCUGGAAGCCAUCAUGGCAGAAGCUGCUCAUGCGAGCUACGAGUGUCUAGGACGGUACGAGAUGGACGCAUCGUACACCACUCGAGUUGCCAUGAACACUGCUGCCAUGAAAGGCAGAGCCGGAGAGAUAUACCGAGUCUGCCAAAAGAUUGGUGGAGCCGAUUUGGACGGAACACAGGAAGAUGAUGAUCGCCUGGUCCAGCGGCAUGGCCUGGAUCAGUUCAUGGCCCAGCCGGGUGAGAACACUUUCUUUCCACCAGAGCUUCUGGAAGGCCUUCGUUGCAGGCAGAGGGGGUUGGUGCUCAACGAAGGACCGUUUGGCGACACCGUCUUGAAAGCGACGGAUGGUCAGCAAACCGGGCACAUCGCCUUUUUGGAAGUUCGCUGCCCGAAUUUAGCCAAGAAGGCCGAGAAGGAUGAUCACCAAGACAAGCGCCCCAAAGUGCGGGAGACUGAAGAUGAUGAGUUUGUGAUUCUGAUGCCCGACGUCAACGUGAUGACGCUACGCAACCUGCUUCUCUUUGUCUACACAGACCAUCUGCCCACCUUCAGCGAGGACGGCGUUAUUGAAGCCAUCGAGUUGAUGAAAGUGGCACAAGACCUCUUUCUUCCGCCUCAAGGCAUUCCGAACCAUGAAGCAUGCUCCAUGCGACGGUUGUAUGCUAUGUGCGAAAUGCACUUGCAUACCGCAAUGAGCCCAUUCAAUGUGGGUGACAUUCUUUGGGGAGCUGUGAAGAUUGGCUCCAAGAGGCUUGAGAAGGACGCUUACGCAGGACUUGCAAGGAUGAAGCCAAUGACAGAUGUGGAUUGCAACAAGCGCUUGAUCCAAGCAUUGGUCAGGGAUCCAGAUCUUUUGGCUCUUGCAAUGUCAGCAGCGGCAGGAAACAAUAAAGCGCUCGCAGGGGAAGCGCCACCGGAUUUUAGCCAGAGCAUUCCCACGCCAUCAAUGCUCAGAGACCUCCGACAUUUGCUGCGUAAGGCCAGAACAGCAGAUUGCAAGCAAGUUGAUGACAGUGAUUACGCUGACUGCCGUUUGAUUGCUGCUGGGCCUUCAGAAGAGAGAGGCCUGGCUGCACACCGCUUUAUACUUGCAGCACGUUCAGAAUACUACUCUACUUUGCUGUCAGCUCCAAUGGAGGAAGCAACCACUCGACAGAUCAGAGUUUCGCUCCAACCAGCACCCAGUGUCCCGAGCAUGUUGGCAUUGCUUAACUAUCUCUACACGGGGGAGGUAGAUGCAACUGUUGAGGGUGGAGAUGCCGAUGCCCCUAUGACCCCUUCCAACUGGCUCGACGUUCUGUCCAUGUUGGAUGGCCUGGGAGGUACUCUUGCUGAGCGAGCGAGCAUCAAAUUACGAAGCAAGACUUUGUCCUUUCUGCAAUCCAGUCUUGGAAGCAUGGAGAGCAGUGAAUGUUGGAUGCUGCUUCGUGAAGCAAGCAUCCGCCAAAACCCAUGCGUGCAGUCUAUGGCUAUGGCUUGUGUCAUGGACGAUUGCACAGCGGACAAGUGCGCAGAUGCUGCCAGUUUUGCUGGAUGGAAGCAGAUGCCAGACCUCGAUUGGUGGACGCCGGCCAUGGAGUCUGACUUGUUUCGGCAAUUUAUGAAUUGGUCGUUCAAGAAAGCCACUGGAAAGCCUACUGGCCAUGUCGACAAUGCUUCGUAUGACAAGUGGACUCUCGUUGUCACCAAUCCUUGGCGAAAUUAUAAUCCCCGACACCAGUACAACUACAGCAACACUUCUGAAGGCAACAGCUAUCUCGUGUCAAUCGAAUCUCUGGUGGGCUGUGGCUGCUCACAGAAUGGCUUGGGAUCCAUUGAGGCACACUUCGACCAACCCAUCUAUGUGGACCACAUCCUCGUGGCCCCGCUUGAGCAUUGGGGCCCCGCGCGCCUAAGCGCAGCUGUUGUUCAGGUGAUGUCGGAUGACGGGCAGUGGGUCACGGUGUGCGAUAAGCUGAGUGGGAGCAUGGAAGCUGUCUAUGUUUGUAUGGUAGCUUCAAAGUGGUACGUCCGCGGCUUGAAUCCAGCUGGAGAUGGCCGCCAGCCUCCUGACCACAAGGAAGCCUUGCGCAGCAGGGUGGCUGGGCAUCUGCUGCAAGUCCUGGAGCAGAAGGUGGGAUCUGGCCUUAAUCUUAAGACCUUGACGGUCUUUGUCGCUACGCUGGAGCACCUACUUCACGGAGACGAGCGACAGCGUCUGAAACAGAGCUGGACGGUGCAUGACUUGAACCAAGAGGAUGUCACCGACGCAGCUGGCCUGGAGAGUGUCCUUGAAGUCUUCAUGGCCCACUACGUGUUUGUCAGCCAAAAGGCUGACAGUGGCUAUGCCUUGACCCUGCAGAAAGGCAGGGAGGAGGUUGCUUUCGUCAACCGCGUCUAUGAAGGCUGGGGCAAAAUCCGAGACUCCAUCGUCAAGGAGAUUCAGAACCGGGUGUCUCUGUCAGGUGCUGAUCUUUCUUUCGAAGAUGCUGCGGCAGCUUGCGAGAAGGUGCUUGAGAGCUUCCGUGAGGUUUCAGGAGCCAUGUGCACCAGUAUGGCCAAGAGCCUUGCCGCGCUGCCUGGUGGAAAGGAGGGCAAGGUGGGCCUUGCCACCAUGCGGAAGGGUGACCUUUUCCGAGAGACCACAGACUACCUGCGGAUGGCGGGUGCGCUGGACGAGCAGACGCCGUCCCAGCCCGUGGUGCUGAUUCCCAACUACAUGCUUGCGCCUUCAAAUUGUGACGGGACCACAAGUUUCUACGACCUGUGCUGCCCAAACACGUGCGAAGGCCACAAAGCCCAAUUCGAGGCUGCUAUUGCCGAUGGUCAGGACGCCGAGGCGAUUCAGGCACUGGCAGUUGAGAUCCGAGGCGCCGCGCUCACGCCAGUCCAAGUGCGCGCGCUGAAGGAUCUCGCGGAGGAUGGAGCAGUGAUGCUUCAUGGCCGUCAGUUUGCGCAGUGGCUUCAUGAGACCUUUCCGAGCGACUGCCCGCGGCCCGUGGCCGAGGAGUUCCCAAGUGCAGAGGCUGCAGUGCCAGACGCACACCGAGACUUCCAGAAGGCUGCCCAGGCGACCUUCACCAAAGCACUGUCUGGCCUCAUGUCAAAGAACAACAUGAAGGUCUCUGGUGCGCUCGGUCAGGCCGCAGCUUCGGACCUGGUGGCUGAACGCGGUUUCCUAGCUCGCUGUGGCGAGUGGGGCCUCAUUGGCCUCGUCAACGGCCAGGGCAGCCCAAAGGUGUCUGGCGCCCUGGCCAUGUACAUCGCCCAAGAGAUGCCGAAAGCUAUCUUUCAGAGCCCUGCAUUCGUCAACAGCUUCAACGAUGUGGCGCAGGGAUUGACGGACGCCUUUGCCAAGGUCCAUACUGCUGCAGCGAUGCAGCUAGACGUAACACUCACAGGAGCUUCGGUGACGGUCGUUCUCCUCAACAAGGAGCAUGUGUGGAUAGCCCAUGUGGGUGACUGCCGCUGUGUGCUGGCUGUCCCUGACAACGGUGGCAAUGCCCGUGAGUUCCACAUGCUGCCCCAGCGCUUGACGGAGGAUCACAAGCUCUGCGUCAAGAAGGAGUUUGAUCGAACAAAGGAGGCAGGAGCUGAGGUUCGGAAACUCGUCCAUGACAAGGUGUGUCGCCUCUUUGUGGGCGAGACCAGCUACCCCAGCUUGGCGGUGACCCGCGGCCUAGGCCAUCGCUUGGCACAUACUGUUGGGGUCAUCCACAAGCCCAGCAUUUGCAAGUUGGUGCGCAAGGAUCUUCCGGAAGGUAGCUACAUGCUGCUUGGGAGUGGAGGCGUGUGGGCAACAGUCUCAGACGCGACUGCCGUGAACUGGGUACAAAGGAAUUUGGAUGAGCCGCAGCAAGCCGCGAUGUCUCUGGCGCACGAAGCCAUGAGCCGCUGGCAGGAGCCUGGCAGCCUGGCAAAAGGCCUGCCCCUUGCUUUGCUGAGAGGAACUCUGAGUACAUGUUACUUUCGGUUGGAAGAUCUGACGUAA